GUCUAUGGUUCCUUCCAGAAAUCUCCCAUAAUGCACCGCCAGUAUGCUCUGGUACUAGUUCUUAUUUACCUCAUGCGAUUCACGCAUAACUUUAAAGAUGGAGCAGCCAAAUACGGAAUCUAACACAAACGUUAUGAAUGGCGAGGAGGAACAUUUCAAUACCUUCCUGUCUUUGCACUCCGCUGCACUACAGUCCUCAAGAAUCCCUUCGCUGUAUUGGAAGAGCUUGUACUACAAACUUAUCAACGAGGUGUACGAUGCAGGAGAAGUGUUUGGCGUCAUGCAGGUAGAACAGGACGAUGAAGAGGAAGAGGGAAAGAAGGCUUAUCCUAGUGUAGAGAUUAGGAGUAAAGUGGUUGUGACCAGGGGGACUGGCAUGCAAGCCUCGGACCCCACCAGUAUCUUCCUGGUUGACCAUGCAUGGACGUACCGUGUGGAGAGCUCUAGGCAGCAGCUGGAGCAGAUCCCCGGACUCCUACCCAGGAUGGCUUCCCUCAUGGGGGUGGACUUCCACGGAGAGGCCCCUGACCCAGACGUUGUGGAGCUGGUGCUGGAACAAAUGUGGAAGUACAACCAGACCUACCAGCUGGCCCAGGGGUCAGCAGAGGAAAAAGUGCCCGUCUGGUACAUCAUGGAUGAGUUUGGCUCCCAGGUGCAGCACUCUGACCAGCCUAGCUGUUGCAUGGCCCCCUUCUUCUACACACAGGGCCAGCUGGCCUACACUGUGCUCUGGCCUCUCGCAGACCUGCAGGAGGGAGAGGAAGUGACACGGGACUAUGCUUAUGGCGAGAGCAACCCUCUGGUGAGGAGAUGUCGACUGUUGCCAUGGGUACCCGCUGACUUGGAAGGGGUCAGCACUCUGACCCCUGAACCCUCUGAUAUCUACUAUGAGACCAUUUCACAGGAGAACAAGGAGAUUCUUCCUCUGGACAUUCGACCCCAUACUGUCCCCAAAGACAAAGUGCUCAAGGUGUUCACAGAGAUGGAACAAGUUCUAAACAAUCUCCAUCACCCCCGGUUCACCUUCACCGAGACUGAAGAGGAGGCGGAUAUUCUUUGGACCUUCUCCCACAUCAGAGACUACAGGAAGUUAAGCGAGGAGCGUCCUCACGUUAUGACUAAUCAGUUUCCCUGUGAGACGGUUGUCACAGUGAAGGACUGCAUCUCCGCCGUGUCGCGGAGGGCCCGGGGAGGCCAGGGGGCCGAGUGGCUGCCAGAGACAUUCAACCUGCAGACCGAGCUGCCUCAGUUUGUCAGACAUUACCAACAAAGACAAGGGAGGGGAGAAGACAAUCAUUGGAUCUGUAAGCCUUGGAACCUGGCUCGGGGGCUGGACACACACAUCACCAACAAUCUAGACUACAUCAUCAGACAGAGAGAGAGCACGCCCAAGGUGGUGUGUAAGUACCUGGAGGAUCCGGUGCUGUUUGAGAGGGAGGAGGUGGGGAUGGUGAAGUUUGAUAUCCGCUACAUGUUGCUGCUGCGCUCCGUUCAGCCUCUACGCCUCUACUCCUACAACGUGUUCUGGCUGCGCUUCGCCAACAGGCCUUUCUCUCUGGACCACUUUGAUGACUACCAGAAGCACUUCACUGUCAUGAACUAUGCAGAGGGGGUCCAGCUCAAACAGGUUCACUACGACGAAUUCAUACCAAUGUUUGAAAAGCAGUAUCCUCAGUAUCCAUGGAAAGCGGUUGAGAGAGAGGCAUUCAAGGCAUUUGCAGAGCUCUUCCAGGCAGCCUCGUCCCGGCCGGCCCCCUACGGUUUCUGUGCCUACCCCUCCUCCCGGGCCAUCUACGCUGUAGACCUUAUGCUCAAGUGGGGCACUGGGGACAGAGGUGAACGUGUGAUGAAGCCUCAGAUCCUGGAGGUGAACUUCAGUCCAGACUGUGCCCGGGCUUGCCUCCAUCACCCUGGUUUCUACGACCACAUGUUUCAAACACUCUUCCUGGAUGAGGCUGAUCAGUGCCCUGUCACUCAGGUCUCAUGAUGACCUCUAACCCCUGAUCUUGAACCCAUAUUACACACUUGAAAAGGUCCAUUUGGACAAUUUGUGUUUCUAGUAGGAAUUGAUCAGGAGUAAUGGUCUGGACCAGCGGUGCCAAACACAUUUUCCCCCUGGGUUGCAUUAGUUCACUACUGAGGUCCAGAGGAUCACACUUCAAAUGUAUUAUAUUUCCUCUUCCUUAAAAUUAGUACGGACAUUGUUUUUAAAUCACUUUUGGACUUUUCUAUGCUCCCAGACUGUCUAGAUUUUGUUUUGAUGACUGUUAGCAAACUGGAAAGAGACUGUAAAUGUAGGUUCAUUAUCAUUUCUACACCGUUUGGAUUUGGCUUCAGUCAUAUUUAAAUGUUAAAUGAGUUUCUCUCCGAAUGUUUUAAUUGUAUUUAUUAUUAGCAUUAUUCGCGGGAUGGAUCUGGGCCGUGAGCUGUAUAUUUGACAUCCCUGGUCUGGACUGAUACACAAAGAUCACACACACCCCCAGUAAAAUGGCAAGGGGGGGGAGAGAGUGGGAACAAACUAGAGGUUGGGAAAGUGAUCUAGAAAGGAGGUCAAGGGGAAAGGCAAGUUUUUCUCUGCUCCAGUACAAAUCGGGAGGUCGACCACUGCACUUCCUCCUGGAGAGGACUGCUGAGCAGGCAAAGUAAGGGCAUUGCGCUGUGGUUUCUCUCUAGAUCCUCCAACUUCCAAGGAACAUUUUGUGAAUGUUCUGAUCGGUAUUAAACCUCAUGAGAAUGUUAAAUUAA